AUGAUUCGAAAAAAGUACAAAAAUUUCAACGACCCCCGAGACAGCGAUAAAACGUUGAACCUAUGCUUCCUGAUUCACCCGAGUUACUACACAGUGUUGGAGUUGGAAGAAGAAGAUUUGAUAAACAAUGAAAUACGACACAACUUCUUGCAGCUCGCAAGAAAAAUUAAUAUAUAUGACAAAACAGAGCCAAAGAAAAAUUACAAAAAAACAGAUAGCCUAGCUAGAGAGCUAAGUUAUAUCAAAAGCUGGGAACUAUUAAAACACACGUAUAAAUUUAAAAUGCCCAUUUUAUUUCAAAAUAUAAAAAAAUUUAAUUUGCACCACCAUGAGAUGAUUAAUUAUUUUGCGAUAAAUUACUAUGCGAGGAAAAGGAAUUUAGUGAGGAAUAAAAUAAUGGCAACAAUACAUAGGGACAGGUGUUUUAUCAUAGACACGGAUAUGGUUUACUCCAUGACUCCUGAGUACAUUGCUAAGAAUAUCGGGAAUAGCAUAAUACCUGAGGAGAAGAAAGAACCUAGAUGGAGGCCAAGGGUUAGAAGGGAAAGAGCGCUGCCUUUGUGUGAAAGGAAGAAAAGGCGUUACAAUGAAAAUGUGUUGGUGAGGAAAGACACCGAGGAGGGGCGGUCAUUCGGGGAGUUGCUGCCUGGCGAUCAGGGCGAAGACGUUGGUGAGAAGAUGAUGGUGUGGGAGGAAGGAGAGGAGGCCGAGGUGGUGAGAGUGGAGGAAGUGGAAGAAGGAGAGGAGGCCGAAGUGGUGAGAGUGGAGGAAGUGGAGGAAGGAGAGGAGGGCGAAAUGGGAGAAGUGCCGACGGUACACGCGAAGCCAAGGGCAAAGACCCCUCCGAGAGCGCGCAAUCCAACGAAGAAGGAAGACUCAGACAAAGUGCUAAUUUACCUGGACCCCUUUUGCGGGGCUGGAGGAAAUAGCCUAAACAUCGAACUCGCACGAGUGAAGGAAUGCCAACAUAAUUGCAAAUUUUAUAAUAACAACGUAGAUUUUAUUGUGUGCGAUUUUUUUAAUAUAGUAAAUUUAUUUAGGGAAAAUACAAUCGAUGUAGUUUUUCUGAGUAUCCCCUGGGGAGGACCAUCAUACAAAAAGAAAAAAAAUUUCAAGUUACACUGCCCAGGGAAGAAAUUAACUGUAUAUUCCUGUUUGAGGGAAUCCAUGAAGUUAACAAAAAAUGUAAUUUUUUAUUUGCCUCGAAAUGUGUGUAUGAUGGAUUUGUAUGGCCUAUUCUGGUACUACCAGAAAUUGGCAAAUGGAAAAAAUAAAUUAAAAAACCAAAGCACAUCGAACGAACUUUUUAUCGAGCUGUAUGCCAACAGAGCUAGGUGCCUAGUGGACGAACAACACGACAACAGUGUCCAAAAUUUUCACUACUUUUUUAACAAGCAGGCAGACAUGCAGAGCAACGAGUUCGACAUUGGGAAGCAGGGAAAUCUUUUCAGCAUUAACAUAGAUGAAUGCAACCAAUUUUUGAAUCAGCCCAAGGAGCAAAAAAAGAAAAAGAAGAAGAGGCGGACCAUUGGGCAUGUGGAAGACAUUUACAAGAUUAAUGUGACGGGGGAGAGAAGUGAGGUCAAGGUGAGAGAGGGGAAGAGGGCCAAGGCGAGAGGGGGAGAGAGGGCCAAGACGGAGGCAAAAAGCGAAGGAGGCACAAAAGGCGAAGGAGGCAGAACAGCCCAAGGAGGCACAAAGGGCGAAGGAAGCAGAACAGUCCAAGGCGAAUCGGGUGCCCAAAUCGAAGCGACCGGGAGCGGCAACGCCACGGAUAAACGCGCCGAUCGUGGCAGGAAGAAGAAGCGCGCGUCGGUGUGGAAAUGGCAUAACACGUGCAUGGUUGUAUACCUGGGGAAAAUAACCAAAGUGCUAAAGAAAAACAAAACGAUCAAUUACAACAGCAUAUACUACCUGCACAAGGAGUUAUCCAAAUGUAACAUGGAAAAGGUGAGAAACAGGGGAGAGAUGAAUUUCUCCCUGUACAGACAUUUAUGCAAUAAAAAAAAAAACAUCAUUCACAAUAUCACGAAGAAAGUUGAAAAGAGAGAAAUUUGUGUAAACAAAAAUGAAAGGACGUAUAACAUUUUAAUUAAUCACAAAAAUGUCUUCUUCCUAAAUUACUUUAUCGAUAAAAAAUUAAACGAACUUAUGAACAACAUCCUUGGCCUUUUUUUUAAAAAUGUAAAAAAUAUUAUUGGGUUUGAAAAAGUCAGCUUUUUAAAUAAAGUAUUUAUUAACUUGGACAGUUCCCUAUUAAACGCCUUAACGAGAAGAUUAACAAUGGGACAUAACAUAAAAAAAUAUGAAACGUAUAUUUAUUCGGACAUGUUGGGUAAGAGUUGCGGGCUAUAUGUGAUAACAGAUUAUUUUAACUUCAUUUUGAGUGAAAUUAAAAAAGUAGUUAUCAUUCUGUUUGGAAUUUAUUUGCACGACAUCAGUUUUAUGAAAUAUUUUUUUAAAAAGCAAAAGUACCAAUAAAAAAAUUGAGAAAUAAAAAAAGUUUUAAUAACAUCCAUUAUACCAUUGUUCGACUUCUGUUCAAAUUUAUUCUCUACAUUGAUUUGUUUAAAAAUAUUUUAAGCAAUAAUAUCAAGUUGGAAGAAUUUUUCAACAAAAAUAUUGUAAGUACAGGGCUGGCGAAUUUAUUGGAAUAUUUGGACAUAGCAAACAAUGACUAUAACUUUAUUAAGUAUAAAAAUAAAAAAGAUUUUUCCUUUUCGUUUAAAAAUUUAAUCAAAAAUUUUAUUACACUUUCUGUUAACAUGGAGAUUAAUGGAAAGGUGAUACACACGGAGGAAAUUACGAAACUGUACUUUAGAUUUUUGUUCAACGUGUAUGAGCCGGAUGUACUCCUGCACGAACUGCAGAGUGAUCUUUACGAAGACCAAGACGAAGAUCAAGUAAAGUGCUAUCAGUGGCACUUAUGCCUAGCUGCAGUGAACUUUUUCACCAAGCAGUUUUUUUACAAUAUGAAUAUAACGUCCUUCUUGGAUUAUUUCAAUUCGCUCAUUUAUUUUUACUUCAACCAGAUGUAUGUUUUGUCCAAAUGUCACCGAAAUUAUUCAAAUUUGUUUAUUGUUCGUUUGAAUAAUUUUCUCUACGACAGUUUUUGCGUGAAUAUUUUGUAG